AUGUUCUCCAAGCUCGUCCUCGCUCUCGCCCUCGUCUCGUCGGCUUCGGCCCACAUGCAAAUGUCAUGGCCUUACCCCUUGCACUCGACCUUCAACCCUGCCACCCCGGAAGCCAACAAGGACUAUAGCCAGACCGCUCCCUUGCCCCAGGGCGGCGGUGGGUUCCCUUGCAAAGGGUACAUCAACAACCCUGCUGGGUCGCCCUUGAUGGACAGCGUCACCACCAUCCAGGCCGGAUCGACCUUGUCGACCAAGUUUGCCGGGACGGCGAGCCAUCUCGGAGGAAGUUGUCAGUGGAGUAUGAGUUACGACAUGGGAGCUACCUGGAACGUCGUCCACACGCAAAUGGGAGGAUGCAUGACGGAUUCUGUCAACAUCGACGUGCCUAUCCCUAGCUCGGCUCCUUCCGGCGAGGCCUUGUUCGGGUGGACCUGGUUCAACCAUGCAGGUAAGAUCAUCUCUCGCACAGACCCUUUCGAUCCUUCCUUCUUCAUCCCACCCGUGCCGGACCGGUAUAAUCCAUGCCUUCAAAGGCAGGUCCAAGCGGGAUGGAACGAAAAGAGAGAUCGAAAGGGUCCUUGUCAAUCGGUCGAUCGACGAAACCGAGAGAUGUACAUGAACUGCGCCGUCGUCACCGUCCAGGGCGGUGGAUCCGGGUUGAACGGACCUGCUCCUUUCGUCGCCAAUGCCGGUGUCAACCAGUGUGCUACUAUUGAGGGUAUCGACACCGUCUUCCCUAACCCUGGUGACUCGGUCUCUUAUGGAGGAUCUUACGCUUCGAGCCGACCUACCUCAGCGGCCGGGUUUACUGGAUCCAACUGUGUCGCUCCUGGAGCUUCGAGCGGUUCAGGAUCUGGCUCCGGCUCGGGAUCCGGUUCGACCGAUGACGAUGAUGACGAAGACGAGACCACCUCGAUCCAAGCUACUCCUACUAGCACCGUUGCCACCUCCUCGACCAUGGCUGCGAUCUCGACCGAGCCGUCCGCUUCGUCUUCGACUUUCUCCGAUGAGGAGUACUCUGCCACCUCGACCUACGCCGCUUCGUCGUCCGCUGCUGCUUCGUCGACCGAGGCCGCAACGUCGACCUCAGCGACUGUCCCCAUCCCGACUGCCUCGAUGCCGAGCUCGAGUGCCGACCCCGCCAGCACCACUGGCCGAGUCUGCCGAAUCAAGAAGCGAAGCGCCAGCCCGGAAGCUCGAAGCCUUCACCCUGGCCAGAAGCUCGUCACGCGACGAAAAGCUGCCAAGGAACACCGCCGAUCGAGGAUCGGACGUAUCGGCCACAUCGGUCACUAG